AUGCCUCUAUCCCUCCUGGAACUCCUCGAGAAACUGCUCGGGGGAACCGGCAGCCGGAAAGCAGCACAAAAGCUCCGCCGUGGCAGCACGAAUGGCAAUCGCGCAACUAGCAUCGACGACAAGAAGACAACCGCAUCGAUGGUCUCGAGGAUGGAGGCACUGCAGAAAGAACUGCGCUCGCUCUCAGAAGGCAUUUGGCAUCAGGAGCGCAAGUUGGACAUGGUUCACGCUCGCCUCGGUUCCCUCCCCCUUCGACGGGCCCUGGUCAGCUGCUGCAAGGACAAGGACUGGUACUUGUCGGAGUGGAUGCGGACGGAAUGCGCCCGCCGCAAAGGCUGUUGCGCGCGGGAGUGCGGCUGCUGUCGGCGGACGCGGAGUGAGCGGCGGCCGCAGCAUCGGGGCCAUUGCACCGCGGCGUGUGCGUGCUGCGAGCAGAGCAGAGGGUUUGCGGUCACCGGGAAGGACGCCUGGGAGCCGAUGCAGAUGGCUCUUAGGUCGAACCAGAAGACGUUGAAUCUUUAUGCGACGCGGUUGAGGGAUGCUUAUUUCUUUGGGUUGUGAGGAUUGACAUGCAUGCUUGCUGCGCUUCGGUUCUCUUUGGGUUCUUUUAAUGAAUUGCUCUUCGAGUGUGUUAUGCAGAUU